ACCAGCCUACCCAGACCUACUUUUGGUUUUGCUCCUGUUCCUGGUUCGGCUCUCCGUCUUCCUCCGUGCUGCUGGUAGAGCAGGAGUCUGGAUCGGUCACCAGCACAGUACCCCCCUGUGGCGAGUACAGAGACACAUCUGGACGCCUCGCCGGUGAGGGAGGAGGCACUCUCAUCCCAGCAGUCUGACUGGCUGAUCCUCCUCCUGCCUGGUUGGGGCACACAGGUGCGUCCGGGGGACACUGUUUCUUCCUUGGCGGAGGGAUUGGACGGGACGGUUUUUUCACUAGUGGCGCACAGUGGGAGCUGGAUUUUUGUUUUUGCUCCUCUGUAUCCAUUUUCACCUCUCUUUCCUCCUUCUCAUCCUCAGUCUCUCUCUUUCCUCUGUCCUGUUUUACCUCAUUCUCUUGAGGUUGGCUACAGUUCUGUUGUUCAACCCCCUCAUCCAGCUGACCUGAUUUACUUCCCGUUUUCUCCUCUCCUCCUUCCUCUCUCUCAGUUCUCUUUGCAGGAUUUUGUCCCUUCUCUCGCUCCGUCCCCUCUCCCACCUCUCGGUCAGUGCUUCUCCUGGAGGAGGUGCGACGGAGAGGUGCAGGAGGCAGCGAGGGAGCGGCUCGGCUCUGCAGGGGGACAGGAGGCCUCGAUGGAGUUGUAUACGGGCGGCGCCCCCUGUUCAUCAUCAGGAAGGCGUACUGACAGCGUCGUGCUCUUGUCCUCUGUGCUGUGAACCAGGAACGCCUGCGAACGACGACAUGUGGUUAGAACUCUGAGACAAAUGAUGGAAAUCAACAAACAGCCAGAAUGAGAGGAGAAGCUUUGACUGGAUUCAAUCCUCCAUCCACUGUAUUCAGUCUUUCUGUCGCUUUGUGUCUGACUGACUAAUGCUCCACUGGAUAAAGACUUAAUUGGCCCUAAAAGGACAGCCAGAACAAUAAACAACCAGAAUAAAUACAAAUGCAGCCAUGCUUGGAAGAGAGUGGGCGAGAAGAUGAGCUAAGAAGUUACCCUGUGGACAUAAAAACUGGACAUAUUUUGUCAUAUAUUUUCAUGUUUUUCUUCAACUUCUGGUUGGAAUAUUUCAAUUUAGACAUUAUCUUGUUUCCAUUGUUAUUUGCAAUACUUUGAUCACAAGAUUGCCCUGACUUGGAUGGAAUAUGCCUCAGUAUUUUACCAUAAAAGAAAAAGCAGAAGAAAUUUUGAAUUUGAUAUUUUUCCAUUUCUUUUACUUUGUCAUGGCCCCCUCAAAGCCAACUGCCAUGCAUCUUGCACAUUCUGAAAUUUAUUUUGCAACCACAUUUUUUCAGUAUUAGUGAAAUUACCAAAUUCACAAUUCACUCUUCAAACUACAGACGCAUCUCCCACCAACCCCUCCCACCAUCAGCCAUCCGACCAAUCAUGGGCAAGCCUCUUAGCCGUCCCGGGUGUUUCAGGAAGAGCUCCUGCUGCCUGGAGAAACCUGGGGAUGGGGGAGUGGGAGGCCGAGCUGGGGGACUGGAAGGAGGAUACGGAGAUGGCUACGUACCCCAACGAUCCAUUUACGAUACCAUGUGCAUCAAUCAACAGAUUGACAGCCAUCACCAUCACCCAGGAGGGUCCAUUAGGCGAGAUAUUGGAGGUGAGGGGAGUUUUAGCUACUCUGCAAGCGGCUCCCUGAGGGUUAGCAGGUCUCCGGCUGACAUGUUCGAUCCGCAGCCCCGCUCUCUAACUCCGAACCCCUCAUUUGUUCGACGACUGGAUGAAAGAGCCAUCUAUGAUUCACUGAAACUUGGGGCUCAAGAUGUUGAUGGUGGCGGCUGCCAUUCACCAGGAUGUUUCAACCGAUCAGUUUCUCCCUCUGUGUCAUCAUUCUCAGCACCUGGAGUGUCCUCUUCCUCAUCUAAGAAACAUCACCAUCACCAACACCAUGGAGACAGUACAAAGAGCAGAGAUGGCCGACAUUCCUGGAAAGUCUUGACACCUCCGAAACACCUGGGAUGUCUGGAGCUUACUACAAACGAAAUGAUGGACAGAGGAGGAGGGUAUCUGAACCCUGGGCAAUACCCUCCCCCUGGGGGCCAGUCCUCCUCUCUUACCUCCCCUCUCAUUUCCCCCUUCUCAGGCUCACCUCUCUCCUCAGGUUACCAUACUCCGGUGUUUUUCUCCCCUGCCAAACCUCGCCCCAGUCAGUCACAGAGUUUGCGAUGUUCACCUCCCCACGUCACCCAGCCGAGGCAUUAUUCCCAAACCCAGAGCCUCAGACUGUCACCACCCCAGGAGCUUAGACGAUCCCCCUACCGUGCCCCCCUGGUCCAAUUGUCUGCUCAUGACCUUGAGCAGGACAUGAGGGAAAGAGGAGGAGGAUGGGGCCGGAGUGAGCGAGAAAGGGAAUGGGAGAGGGAGAGAGAAAGGGAGAUGGAGCGAGGGUGGGCCCAGCGUGAGUGGGAAAGAGAGAGGGAGAGGGGGAGGCUGGAGAGAGAGAGGGCAAGAGAAAGGGAGAGGAGGGAAACAUCAACUUUUGGGACCUUUGGAUAUGGUCGACCAGUUCCACUGCGUUCAGACAGAGAUUCCGUGUUUUUAGAGUCCGAACAGGUUCUAGACACAACACCCCUGUUGCUCCCCCAGCCCUCCCCCUCCCCCAAUGCUGCUCCCAGAAUGGGCACGGGAGCUGUGGGUAGGAAUAGAGCUGGAUCUAAGGUUGGCCCUGAAAGUGUAGGUGGGGGUAUGGUUUCAAAGUUUGACAAUGGGAGUGUGGGUUUGGUGUUAGUUGACAGCAGAUCUGGGUGUGGGCCGAGGUUAAUAAGUGAAGUUGGAAUUAGAAACAUGUCAGAGGCUGAAAUCAGGGCUGGAAUACAAGAACACCAUAGAGUUGAAAGUUGGAACAAAUAUGACAACGGGUCCAGGGCUAGCAUUAGAAAUGGGUCUGAAACAAGAAUGGGUUCCCAGGUGAAAACACAACCAGGGGGACGGGAUCUCGAAGGAAAAGUGCAGUCUGGAAUGGGCAUAGAAAAUAUAGCUCCAGCUUUGAACAAGGAGGGACACCGGGGAGGGACAAGGAGUGGAGAAAAAAAUGUAAGGGGUGUGGCUAAACCAGAACAUUUUGCUGAGACUAUACCUUCAACUGUGAAUGACAAUGAGAACAGGAUUGAGCCUGGUGACAAAGUUGAGAUUGGAGAUGAACCUGGUCCGGCGAUGAAGCCAGAGGCAGGGGUUGAGGCCAAAGUCAGUUCAAGGCAGGUGGAGAACAGGACUGGAACAGAAGUUGGAGGUGAAGCUACAGUUAAGAAUGAGGUUGGUUCAGGAGCAGAGUCUAGAGUAGAAGCUCAAGUUGAAACAGAAGUUAAGAUUGCUCCUACAUCUGAGCCUGAGGAAGUACUUGAGGCUGUUAGUAAUGAAACAGAGACUAAAAGUAACACUGAGACUGGGGUUGUCAGUGAAACUCAGAACAGCAACAACUUUACUACAGAUAAAGCCCAGAUAAGUAUUGUGGCUGGGGGAAAAACUGAUAUUGUCUCAGCAGAUCAGGUUGAGAAAAAGCCUUCGGACAUCGAUAAAAUUAAAUCUAGCCAUGUAGAGAAAGGUUCCAGGUCUCACAAGUCCAAAUUAUCCAAGUCCAGCUCUAGGACUCGACCUGGCACAGCCACAGGACUCCGACCAGGCGUGGUCAGCCCUCGCCUAAGUAGAGGGUUUGCAGACCUUGAGUCAACAGGCCCCGCUGACGGCAUCGAAUCUACCUGGCCUCGCCGAAUCAUGGUCAGAAAGAGGACUGUACGGCAGGGCGGGGCACUCCACAACCUGCCUAUUCUCCCCCCACUCCCUUCUGUCCUCUCAGCAUUGGAGAAGAGGCGCCCUCAUGCCCACCUCCACCCCCGUCCAGGCCACUUCUCAGAGAACCCGCUAACAACCAUUAUGAAUGCUUCAAGUAUGGUGGGACAAUGCUCACUUAAAGAGCCCUCCCAUCCAGAAUUAGGAAUAGGGGCCAGUGUGGUGGGCAGGGCUUCCCUGAAGGAGCAGAACUUGGAGCACUGGAGGGUCUGCAGCGAGCAGGAUGAACCCAGGAGAUCCAGGAGCAAGGAGAAACAAGUGGAGCAGAGCAAGGAGAACACUGAGAUGGAGGAGAGAACGGGGAAGGAAGAGAAGCGAGACAAGGCGAGGAAAAAAGACAAAGUGAAAAUGGAAGAGAAAGUGGAUAAGGAGAAAGAUAGGGUUACUGUCAGUGAGGGGCUGGUGGAGGAAACCAAACGAGAAAAGUCAGAGAGAAAGAUUGAAGGGAAGGUGCAAGAGGAUGGAAACACAAAGGAUCUCAAAAAGGCAAGGAAUGUAGAAAUUAUGGGGGGGGACGUGGAGGUUAGAGGAGUGAAGACUAAUGAUGGAAUACAAGAGCGGCAUGUACAAGAGUUGGAGAAGGUGGUGGCUAAAUCAAAGAAAGAAGAAAGCCAAAUGGAGGAGCAAGAAGGAGGCACAUUUGGAGAGGAAGGGGGGGUAGAGGCUUGGGACACUGUCCUUGACAUGGUCAACACUUUGUGGGAGGAUGGCUGGGAGAAGGGGGGAGAGGGGGGAGGUGGGGAUACAGAUUCUUUCUCGGGCUCCCUGCAACGUUGGCCUCUUCUCCGGCCCCCAAUUGGCUUUGGAGGCUCCCACCCCCCUUCAUCGGCAGCCUCGGAGCUCAGCCUGACAGAGUUGGAAAGGAGAGCCAGGGAGCUGGACUCUGACCUGGAGCACCUAGACCUGUCUCAGCCCCACAGGGACACCCAUGAUAUAUACCAAUCACUGCUGGAGCCACAGAGGGAACGAGCUGACAUGUACCAAACACACCCUGGUCCGCAGAGGGAGAAAGCUGCUCUCUCCACAGGAGUGGUGAGCAGAUCCGAGGUCAGUUUGGAGCUCAGUGCUAUUGCCUCACCAGCUACAGACACAGACAGACCUCCUGUUGACUGGUCAACCAAAUCUGCUGGGACUACCACUGUUGGCACAAGCUCCACUAAGGAGGACAGCUCUCCAGACUCCAACCUCACGCUGGAGUCCGACUCCAGCGGCGUCUUCCUCUCCUUAUCCAACCAGAGCCAGGAGGAGGCCGGCUCCGACAGCGACCAGCCGAUCAGCGGCUCUGACCUGGGCAGCAGCAGCACGUCGCUGGAGAAAGAUGGGGAAGAUGGCGGGUUGAAGGAGUGGGGGAGGGAGGAGAGUGCGGAGCUGCAGUGGUGCUACCCGUCACUUCUCAACACCUCCGCGUAUGAGGACGUAGGAGGUGAUGGCGGAAGACAGGAAGCAGGGCGUGGACAGACGGGGAGAGAUGGAGACGGAGGCAAAGGUGAGAGUGGAAGAAGGGUUGGUAAGAUAGGAACGGUUUCAAUCAUUAGGACCCAACUUGACCAAACAAACAUUGAGGGCUCUACGUCUUUAAAUGCUCCACAAAGUGAGGAGACACCACCCAGGAAAAAAGUGACCCUUAUGGGAAGUGACUUCCCUCUUCCUCUGUCUCCCUCAAAACAACCCUAUCAGAAGCCAAUCAGAAGCUCAGGACUGGACUGCGGGGACUUAGAUCCCUUUGUCCAAUCGGACAGCUUUGUUUACCUUGCCGUGUCUGCAAGGCCUGCCUCCCAGGGGGGAGUCGCUGCACUGGCAGAAGUCCCCACCCAUGGCAUAAAACACGACAUUGCGCAGCAACAGUCGGAAAGCAUGAAAACACACCUGGACCAGUCAAAUACAGAAAGGAAUGCCAAGCCGACUUAUCUUGCCCCACAAAAACCAGAGGAAGGAGACUUUCUGUGCACUGACAGCUUUGUCUACCUGGCCGCUCCAGCCUGCCUCCUACUGGGCCCUGCAGGAAACACACCCUACAGCGGCAGGGAGUCAGACUCAGAAAGUUCAGGAUCCGGACCUGUUGAUCUGUCGGUGCUGGGUUGUGACUCUGUGGCAGGGGACAGUGACUGGGACUCCGACCUGUCCGACUCCGAUCCCAGUCGCUCCUCCAGACUCUCUGCUGCUGGUAACAAAUCUGCCAGCGUAGCACGGUCCAAGCGGCCGCCUGCUGAGCCGGACUGGGACUUGUUCGGAGAAACCAACGAAGCCGAAGUCCUGAGUGAGCUCUUCACGGAACAGGACAAAAACAACAAUGGCAAAGCAAGGAAGGUUACCGGGGCCACCGCCGGCCUGGCAGAUACAGCAGCCAUUCCUGAGGCAACCCAAAAUGUCCCUACGCCGGUAAAACGGGAGAGAUCGGCAGAGCAGUCGUCGACAGCAAAGAAGGUGACUUGGCAGUUUAGACCAGCCCAGAGGUCCGUCUGCACCGGAAGCAGGAAGGAGAAAGAGAAGGAAGUGACAUCAUCCCCAUUGGUAGGGUUCACGGAACUGAGGGGGGGCGAGACCCAUAGACCCUGCCCUUCGUCGUCAUCAUCGUCGUCAUCGUCCUCGGGUUGAUUUGUGAAGGAAAUGGGGUUUUUUUGUGCAACCAUUCGGGAGGAGCUUCCAUCACCUGAAGCUGAGUUUGUUGCCAAGAGAAAAAGAAGAAGAGAAGAAACUGACAACUGGAACAACUACAGAUUUUUUGCCUGUAAAUUUUGAAUUUUGCAUCUAGCUGCUGCCAUUGCCUUCUUAUGACCUUCUAAAGGCUGCAUAAAAGACUAGUUCAUUGUUGCAUUUUCUUACACUAGCCUAGACAACAUCAUAUAUAAUCAGUUUAACGUAAUCGUCUCAAAAUUGUAAUUUGAAUAAAUAUCUUCUCAGUCACUGUCUGUUGACGGAUGAGUCAACACAGUCCCUGGAAAAAUCACAAGCGGACACUGUUUGGAUCUUUAGGAAGUGAGACCUGAAAACACACCUGCAAUUACUGCUCCACAGGCGUUGUCAGAGAAAUCGAAACAGAGAUCUUGAAGAUUGUACGUUUGACACAGUGUGAGACUAAGGCUAAACAGAAACCUUCAGGUUGAGAUUAUUUGGAAAUACGGCCACUGACAAUUUAUUAUGGGUUUGAACAAAAGGUUAAAUUUUGAAACACAUGGAUGAUUUAUUCGUAACACGUUCACAUUAUUCUCUAUCUAAAUAAGAAAUAUGAAUAGUUCUGAGUUUUUUUUUAUUCUGUUGAAUGUACUGUACAGGAUAUACACAACAACAAAGAAAAUCCACCUCAAAACGUAGUUCACCAAUGAGACAUUCUUAAUGAUUUGACUCAGUCACCUGUAUUUAAAGAAAAUACUACAAUGUUGGAAUUCAGUUACCAUAAACGCAUACAAAUAAUUACAGCUGGAGAAAAGAAUUUCUGUCGGACUCCGCCAUUGCGCUAUCCAUUUAUACAGAUCCAACAAUGUAAAUGUGUCUCAGGCCUUAUAUCAAAUUACACUUCCCAUGUAAUGCCUCUCUUUAAUACCUGCUUUUACUACUUCAUAUAUACUUUAAAACUUAAAAAAACUGACUGAGGUCGAACUUUAAAGUGUACAAUGUAUUUUAUAAUCACAUCCAACUUUAAAGUGUAUUUGAUUGUCUGUCAAUAAUAUAUUUUGAAACAUUGAAAUAAUUAUAGUGAAAAUUAUAUAUAUAUAUACAUAUAUAUGGAAGGAUUUAGUAAUAACAUUUAAUUUAAACAAAUUGUGUUAUUUAUCAUUUAGAUUUUAAAAUGUGAAUGUAAUAAUUGAGCAAAAUGCUUACAGAUUCAUGCUAUAUUCUACGUUUCAUAAGUGGAAAGUGUUGCCUCAGUGGUGUGUAUAAUAAUGGCUGAGUUUAAUUGUAUUUUUUCAGCCAAAUACUAAUUGUAAAUGCAGUCUUACAAUUAGUAAGACUGCAAUUAGUAAGAUUUAGAGGUUCCACGUGUUACAUUUUUAAACAUGUCUUUAUCAUCAGGUAAAAUUGCCAUAAACAAUGAGACCGCGGUUGAGAUGAUUGAUAGCCUUCGUCUCGUGCCAGUGGUAUUUUUAGUGCUAGCGACUUCAUCUCCCAUAAUCCCUUUUGCUUUGUCUCUUCUCCUCGCCUCUGUGGCAUAUGUGGCUUUACUGAAGAGGAUAACAUGUUGGAGAUGUUUUUUUUUUUUCUUACCAUUUUGCUCUCACAUUUGUCACAGUGAGACAAUUUGACAGAUUUAGCUCUGUUUGCGCAGAAAGGGAAGCAAUCCAGAAGAUUUUCCUCUGAAUCCAUGUCAGUUGCACAAAAUGUAAAAUGCAGUGUGGAGGCUGGUCGGGCUGCCAAUCAUCCCAGCAGUGGUUUUGUUGUUGAGUAAUUAUGCUAAUGUCUCAAAAUGAAUGUGGUCAUCAUUUGCUGAUGUUGAAAAUGACACAUGUACCUUUUAAAAGAGAGAACAGUGAUGUCCCAUUUGUUUUCCUUUUGCAAAUGGGACAAAGGGAACGUAGCAGGUUGACAAAUCAUUGUCAGUUACACAAUAAUAAUUAUUGUUGCAAUAUGAUGUGGUUAUGAAAGGCUGUGUGUGGGAAGUUAUGGCCUUGCAAGCAAAUUGCUUCUGAAGCAGGUGUAGUCGUGCUAUUUGAAAUAUGUAUUUUUCAGAUUGGACAGUGAGAGAUUACCGUUUGAAUUAUGACAAAAUCCAAGUCAAGUAUUGGUGUGAGUUUAUUGGUGAGAGAAGGUGAUGCCACAAUAAUUCAGAUAUCUGUGGGGGGUUGUUGUUUUGUUUUUUCAUGAAAUGAGAACUGUUGCCUUGUGCUGCUUUAACUGCCAUUCUAAACAUGAAUAUGCUCCACCAGCCCUAAAUGCACCCCCCUGGUUUAGUGAUGGAUUCAUUAUUAUACUUUCUUGUGCUUUGGAGUACAGAUUUAUAAGCACUUCCACCAUAGAGGAAUUACGUACUUGGUUAGUAUUUUUAAAGAUGCAAGAUUGUCAGUAUGUCUUUGGACGUGAAUGUUAAGCAGGACUGAACUAAUGACUGACGAGGGUUUAAAAUGACCAAAGCCUUGAAGGUUCUCUAUACGAUAUUCAGAGCAUCAAUAUAGCAGCAAACAACUAUUGUGUAUGUAAAGAUAUCGUGGACUAAUGUCUACCUGAGCAGAGAAGGAAGUCAAUCUCCCUCUGUGUGUGCUGUAAUCAGAGCUUCUCUGUGCUUUGUUGAUGUAGACGGGCCAGCGGCACAUGCUUUUUAGUGCAUGUUAGUGUAUGUGAGUGUGAGCCCGCUGGCUAGCUCACGGCCGCCGCUCUGCAUUGAACCUUUUAUGGCGGUUGCAGAUGAUGCGACGUUGUCGUGGAAGCGUUGCGCUCACCCUCCUGUUCCCCCUCAGGUAAACACUGUUAGCUCCGUCAGCGCUGUUGCAGCACUGUUAGCUGUGAGCAGGUUGCUCAGCCUUCACCAUGUUGAGAGACAUGUAGAGGCAAUAAAUAUGCUUGGAAUUUCCAAUUUAGCGCCUUUAACCAUGUCAAAAUGCAUUGAAUGUAAGUUCAUUUGUAUUGUUAUAACAACCAAUAGCACCCCAAACCCCUGUUAAAAGUCAGCAGUUUCAGAACAUUAAAAAGUGAGCUGUGAGGACAUUUUAGCACGGAGGGAUGGAGCUGUUAAGGGCACAAAUUUCCUCUACAGUUUUUCUGUGUGUCAGUUAGUGGUAAUUUAAUUAAACAACAUUUUUUGCAGUUAUUUGUACCAUACUAACACAAUAAGGUGGUGUUAGCCUCGGUGAAGUCCAUGAUAAUUGACUCAUAAAGUAAUUGCAAAACUUUUCUAAUUAGUCAGCAGCUAAAGUAAUUAACAUUACUCAUUAUUUCACGUUGCAGCUUUUCUAUUUAACACAUGUAGAAACAUAUAUGGAGACAUUUUGGCUCCACAAGCCUGCAGGCCUAUUAUUUGGAGGGAUUUAUUGACCAUCCAGCAACUGGUUUAUCCUCAGCGACUGCAUACAAGAGAAUGGUAACAAAAGCCUGAGUGUCUGGUUACCCGGUAAACCUACUAAAUGUUAAUCUGCACCUGUCAAUCAAAAUUGAGGAUUCUCACUGGCUAUCAACUAAUAAAAUAGAUUUGGGAUCUCGUAAUAUGUUUAUAAAGCAGGACCUGCCUUAUUUGAUAUUCUACUGUAGUGGUGCCAACAAAUCUGCAAUCAAUCAAAUUACCAAAUACCUUUGACAUACAGUGAAUCAGGAACUCUUGGGGCCCUGGUUCAUGUUCUUGCUUUGUUUGUAAUCUAGUCUUACAUCUUGGGACCCGUUGGUUGAAUAUUAGAAUUCUAGAAACAUGGCAAAAUGAUCUCUUAUUUGGAAUUGGUCAGUUUGGACACAUUCCACCCAUAUUUCACACAUGAGCAAUAUAAAGACACGGAGCGGAUGUAUGUGUUAUGAGACAUCGUUUUCACAGACGCAAUCUCAUAUCUCCUCCUUGUUAUUCUAUAUGAAAGAUUGCAUUGGAACAACUUGAUCAUUGGCUGUAGAUCAAGUUUAGCAGAGCAGAGUUUUCCCCCUACAGCUACAGAGUUGGGGCUCCGGCCAGUUUCUUGGUGGUUCUCUGCCAGCUCUGGCAUCUCGAAGUGAUCAUGUAUGGAGAGCCGUGCUUUUUAUUUGAAGCUGACUACUUCUUGUUGUAGAAACGGGACAGGGCCCUGGCAUUUAUAAAACUACCUGGUAGUCCACGCUGCCUGUUAGGUCACAACCACUGUACGUUCUGGCUGAGGUCUCAUCCUAAAAAGGCUGUUUACAUGACAAUGUUCAUUACAUGUAACCUGUGGGGGAUUGUCUCUAUUAUAUAUUAAACAUUUGGCACUAUGCUGUGUAGCACUUCAAAACCUGGUUUCUAUUGGAAUAACGACACACAGUAUUUUCUAACCAUGCUGCUUUACAUGUCUGCUGGAUGGAAUCUUUCUCUUAGUAACUAAACUUUAAAGCUCACACAGUGGACCAAAUGAGAGAGUGAUCCGCAUAGCUGUAUGCAUUAUUUUUUAUCAAUGAAAUAAUUUUGGAUUUCCGCUCGCAUUAAUCUGUGGCAAGGCAUCUAGUUUCACUGUGAAAUAUUAAGGCUAAAUUACUAUACACCUUUACUGACUUUUGUAAAAUUCACUAAUAUUAGGCCGUACGCGUAAUACUUUGCUGUUCAUGUAAACGCUGAUCACUGUUAAAGCUUAGUGAUGAUUAAGAACUAAGACCUGAGACGACUUUUUAGUGGAUAAAGAUGAUUUAUGUGAAAUCGUAUUGUGUGCCGUAUUCCCAAGCCUUGUUGAAAUGCAUUCAUGUGCAAAUAAAGACUACGCUUGAUGGUGGAAUGUGA